AUGGUAGCAUCGAAAAAGUACCACGAAGGCAUCAUCGGUGCCGUCAGUGGGGCGUCUUUAAGUGGGGGUAUUCAGGCAUCAACAGGCCAAACGUCAUCGCAAUCGGGGAUCCGACUUCCACGCAUCGAUCUACCAAAAUUUGAUGGAUCGUAUGUUACAAGGCGUGGUUUCCAUGAUCGAUUCCUAGCUCUCGUUCAAAAUAACAAGGCUUUAGAUGACAUCGAUAAACUGCAUUUUUUGCAGUCCUGUGUAAUUGGAGAUGCCAAUCGGUUUCUGCAGAACAUAUCAGUGGAAGCAGCUAAUUACAAGAAGGCUUGGGAGCCUUUAGAGGAGCGUUAUGACCACAAGCGCAUUCUGGUGCAUAUUAAAAUGCAAACUCUGUUUGGUCAACCUUCUCAAACUCGAGAAACUGCUUCUGGUCUUCAAGAGCUUUUGUACACCACAAGAGAAUGCUACCUUGCUCUUGAGAAUAUGGACGUUCCGGUGUCUAGCUGGGACACAGUGUUGAUUUGGUUCAUUCUCCAGAAACUUCCCAGUACCAGUCAAAAGCUGUGGGAAGAGAAGUUAGGGAAUCGAAAAGAAUUACCCAAAUUUAAAGAAUUCACAGAAUUUUUGGAGACUCGUUUCCAGACUCUUGAGGUUGUGGGCCAACAGGAACCUGGUGCAGCAGGCCGAACCAAGAACGAGCUACCCGUCAACACCAAGCCACGUUUCCAGCCUGCAAAAUCGAAGAGUUUCGUUGUGAAGCAGUCAGCCAAGCAGCCUUUCAAGCCAGUACCGAAGAUGAACAAAGUGGAGCAGUUGGUAUGCAAGCUAUGCAACCAGGAAAAGCACGCGUUGAAGAGAUGUCAGCAGUUCCUGAAUAUGGACAAUGUGCGACGAAGAGAUGUCACACUCUCUCCACGAUACCCCAGUUCCAGUCUCUACCAUUUCUGUCAACAACGACAUAACACAUUGCUGCAAAUUAAUCAGUCGAAUUCCAGCACACACACACCACAACAACAACCACAGCCUGCAGCUACUUCAGCUCAGGCUAAUAUACCCAGCUCGAACGCGUUACAGUCGUCCGUAAAUCCGAACGCGCCUGAGUUCCAGCCAAUGGGUCAACAACAACAACAAAGUUUUAACUACCACACGUCGCAUUGUGAUCGUUUAACAACACAUCUAGCGACAGCAGUUGUUAAGGCCCGAAGUGCAGAUGGCCGGCUACGCCUUUUACGUGCUCUGAUCGAUACUGGGUCAGAAAGAUCUUUCAUCACAGAAGCUGCUGCACAACUGCUGAAGCUAGAAAAGCGGCGUACCAUGGUCGAGGUAUCCGGGUUAGGGUUGGUCAGCAGCGGCAAAACGCAUAACUCCGUUGAAGUAAGUCUUCCCCGAUCCGAAACUUUGUGCGGACUACACAAAGUGCAUUAA